AUGACGCCCAAACGAAGCCUCUCUCCAGCUGAGGAUGUGCAGCCGAAUCCGAAGCGCUCGCGGGUGGACUUUGACGUUUCGGAGAUGGAAGAUUUAUUAGACGAUGAUUCAAGGGCAAUCGAGUCGCUCGCUCCGACGCAACAAUUCCAAGCUAGGUCCGGCAUCCAGCGUUCAAUCGCCAUGGUCCUGAAGCACGACGGGUUCGAGUCCGCGAGUCCCGAAGCGCUGGAGAGCUUUACCGGGAUGGUGGAAACAUACCUCGAAGGUAUGAUAUCGGAAGCCAAAACUCUCGCUCUCGCUGCUCGCCGCGAACACCCCAUUCCUUCCGAUUUUGAACACAUGCUACGGCGACAUAACAUCCGUCCAUCUUCUCUGAAGCCCCAUCUAAAGCACCCCAUUCCGAAGGCGGACCUUACUCCCAAGUAUGCCGAUGCUUAUCUGGAGGACGAGGACGCGUAUACCACGCUGCCCCUCCUGGGCGAGGAACUCAGUGGACAGGCCGACAAGGACGAAAAGGAAUUCAUCCCGACAUCGUUCCCCGACUUCCCUAGCAAGCACACAUACAAGUUCACACCACAGGAGGACACCAAUACCCGAGAUUCCAAGAAGAUCCGCGAGGAGGCUGCAAGGACCGCACAGCAGGGUGAAGAUGCUCUCCGACGGCUAGUUCGAGCCUCUAAAAUGCGCAAACAGAAGGAGGCUAAAUUAUUGGUUGAGCGCGACAUCCAUGGCAAGGAACGCUUCCGUCUAUGGGAGUCAACCAUGAAGCGCUUCAUGGGCGUCGAGGGCCGAGGCGAGCACACCGACCUAGUGGAGAUUGCAGACCACAGCAUGAUUGUCAAUGGCGACAUUCUCUUCCUGCGCAAAGAAGUCCCGCGCCUGGGCAAGAGAUCCGCUGUUCUGGCGGGCAAGAACCCCAACAUGCUCCUCUCUGCCAGCCGAGACAAGACUCUGAUCAUCUGGAACCUCACCCGCGAUGAGACCCAGUACGGCUACCCCAAGCGAUCGCUCAAGGGUCACUCCCACAUCGUCUCCGACUGUGUCAUCUCCUCUGAUGGUGCCUACGCUCUGUCCGCUUCUUGGGACAAGACCCUGCGCCUCUGGGAGCUCGCCACUGGCACCACCACUCGACGAUUUGUCGGCCACACCAACGACGUCCUCUCCGUCUCCUUCUCUGCCGACAACCGACAGAUCGUCUCUGGCUCUCGCGACCGAACAAUCAAGCUGUGGAACACCCUCGGUGACUGCAAGUACACCAUCAGCGAGAAGGGCCACACCGAGUGGGUCUCUUGCGUCCGAUUCAGUCCCAACCCCCAGAACCCCGUCAUUGUCUCCAGCGGCUGGGACAAGCUCGUCAAGGUUUGGGAGCUCUCGACUUGCAAGCUCCAGACUGACCACAUCGGUCACACCGGAUACAUCAACACUGUCACCAUCUCCCCUGACGGUUCUCUCUGCGCCUCCGGUGGCAAGGACGGUACCACCAUGCUCUGGGAUCUCAACGAGUCCAAGCACCUCUACUCCCUCAACGCCAACGAUGAGAUCCACGCUCUCGUCUUCUCCCCCAACCGAUACUGGCUUUGCGCUGCUACUGCCAGCAGCAUCAUCAUCUUCGACCUCGAGAAGAAGAGCAAGGUUGACGAGCUCAAGCCUGAGUUCACCUCUGUCGGCAAGAAGAGCCGGGAGCCCGAGUGUGUCAGCUUGGCCUGGUCCGCUGAUGGCCAGACUCUGUUCGCUGGUUACACUGACAACGUCAUCCGUGCCUGGGGUGUUAUGUCCAGGGCGUAA